AUGAGAACCUCAACCUUGAUCACGGCACUUUUCGUGGCAGUCUUGUGUGGCUUCGCCAUUCAGACCGCAGAGCCUCCACCAUUCCAUGGUGUUGGCAUCUUCGCCACAGUGAACACCUCAGCCCAAACCAGCAGCAGCGAUGACUUCUUCGCCAAUCUGCCCACCAAGUCUUUGACUCUGGCAACUGCCGCGCCUCCACCUUUCCUGACUCCAGCUGGCUUACCUUUGACCCUGUCCACCUUCGUCUUACCAAGCGCUGCGAUGCCUACGGUGUUGGCUCCUCCAAUUGAAACCGUCACUCUUACAGUCACCAAUGUCAGUACAACCUCGACUCUGCAGAGCAGCAAUGCCACGACUGGUGCGCUUUCGACCUCCUCGUCGUCGGUCUCUCCUCCGAUCGUCCCUCUUACCACGAUCACGGUCUCUCCUUUGCCCGCGUCUCCAAGCGCAAUACCUACCGGCAACAGCUACACCUCUGCAAGUUCAACCACAAGCAACCUUGGAGUGACCACGUCUCCUGUGCCAACGCCUCUUACCACGGCAGCAUCCGGGCCGGGGGCCGGCCAGCGCAAGUCGCUGAGCCACGCCCAGAAGAUUGCCGCGAUCGUGGCGCCCCCGCUGGGGCUGUUCCUCGUCGCCAUCGGCGGCGCCGUGGGAUACUGGCUGAGGACCCGUCGUCUGGAGCGCCAGCGGGCGGACCGCCUGGAGCAGCGGGCCCGCUGGUUCCGACAAGACCACAACGACUGGAUCCGGGCGCAGAUGAGCGCGUUCGACGAGGACAAGGUGGGCCGGAACCCGUUCGCGACCCCGACUCCGAGCAGCAGCAACACGAUCUGUCGCCCGAGAACGCGCCCUCGGCAGUUCUCGGGGUCGACCGUCGUCGUCACUCGCCCGGAGGAGGCGGUCGUCGAUCGGGUGGUUCGGCGGCGCGGCGGCGUCGAGAACCUGCGCGAGUGA